AUGUCUACAUUAUAUGACACUAUUUGCAAUUUUCUUCGCAUCGCAUCCCCAGAGCAUAUUACAACGUUUUUGGUGGUUUAUCAAGUAAUGAACGAAGAAGCAUGGAUUGCAAAAGAAACUUUAAGACAACUAUUACAUCAAUCAAUUUCAGCAGUUUUGCCUUCAUACACGCCCGAUUCAGACAAACACCGAAAGCUUCUUGGAUUGCCGUUGAAGAUAAUAGUUGAAGAACCAGUAAAAUACAUGCAAGCAUCUCCACCUUCUUUAAUCAAACCAAUAUGCGAUGAAUUCGUAUCAAACUAUGACGAUGGUACUAUGAAGAUUCCCCCUCAAAAACUUUCACAUGUAAAUUGGUGGGAGAGGGGAGAGGUCCUUAGGAAUAUCACAGUUAGAAUUCUUGAAACUCUGUAA